AUGGGAAAUUUUAAAUAUUAUUUCCGUACCGUUACACUUUCAUUACUUCUAUUAGUAUCUGCUCUAUAUGGUACUAUUGCCUCUAUAGUUUUAAAUGUCAUUGGUAAGAAACAUCUAUCUCAAUGGGCUACUGCUAGAUUUUAUUAUAAUUUAGUGAAAUAUGUUUUAGGAAUUGAAAUUCGCGUCAUUAAUGAAGAUAUUUUAACUAAACAUGUUCCAUGUAUCUUUGUUUCUAACCAUCAAAGUACUCUUGAUAUUUUGAUGCUGGGUAGAAUGUUUCCUAAGGGAUGCACUGUUACUGCCAAGAAAUCUUUGAAGUAUAUUCCCUUUUUAGGCUGGUUUAUGGCUUUAAGUGGUACAUAUUUCUUGGAAAGAUCUAGUAGAGAGAAGAGUGUGGCCACUUUGAAUAAAGGGUUGGAAGAUGUUAAACGCAAGAAACAAUCAUUAUGGAUUUUCCCAGAGGGGACAAGAUCAUACUCCCAAGAUUUGAUCAUUGCACCAUUCAAGAAGGGUGCAUUCCAUUUGGCUCAACAAGGCAAAUUGCCAAUUGUACCAAUUGUUGUAUCUAAUACUAGUACUGUAGUUGCCAGUAAAUGGAAAGUUUUCAAUAGAGGUGAAAUUGUAGUAAAAGUAUUACCACCAAUGGCUACUGAUCAAUUAUCUAGUGAAGGUGUUAGUAAAUUUAGUACUGAAAUCCAUGAUUUGAUGGUGAAUGAAUUACAAACGAUUGGAUACUCUAAAGUGAUUAAUGAUACUAAUUUACCACCUCAUGCAGAAAAAUAUUUACUCAACAAAAAUUAA